GCGUUGAAUCUGGCAUAUUCCAGCAUCUACAGCAACUACAGGAAUUUUGUUGGUCCCCCUCACUUUAAAGUCAUCUGUAGACUUCUUGGGUAUCAGGGUAUUGCUGUGGUGAUGGAGGAGUUGCUGAAAGUUGUCAAGAGCCUGUUACAAGGGACAAUUCUUCAGUAUGUCAAGACCCUAAUGGAAGUGAUGCCUAAGAUAUGUAGGUUACCAAGACAUGAGUAUGGUUCUCCAGGUAUCUUGGAGUUUUUUCACCAUCAGUUGAAGGACAUCGUAGAAUAUGCAGAACUGAAGACUGUCUGCUUCCAGAAUUUGCGGGAAGUGGGAAAUGCCGUCCUGUUUUGCCUCCUCAUUGAACAGAGUCUGUCCCUAGAGGAAGUGUGUGACCUGUUGCAUGCAGCGCCAUUCCAAAACAUCCUGCCCAGAGUUCACGUCAAAGAGGGUGAAAGACUUGAUGCUAAAAUGAAGAGACUGGAAUCAAAAUAUGCUCCGCUACAUUUGGUUCCUCUCAUUGAAAGACUGGGCACGCCCCAGCAAAUAGCAAUUGCCAGGGAAGGGGACUUGCUGACCAAAGAACGCCUCUGCUGCGGCCUGUCCAUGUUUGAGGUUAUCUUGACGAGGAUCCGCUCCUUCCUGGACGAUCCCAUCUGGCGCGGGCCCCUGCCCAGCAAUGGGGUGAUGCACGUGGACGAGUGCGUGGAAUUCCAUCGCCUCUGGAGCGCCAUGCAGUUCGUCUACUGCAUCCCCGUGGGAACGCAUGAAUUCACAGUGGAGCAGUGCUUUGGAGAUGGCUUGCACUGGGCUGGCUGUAUGAUCAUCGUGCUUCUGGGACAGCAGCGACGCUUUGACGUGUUGGAUUUCUGCUACCACCUGUUGAAAGUCCAAAAGCACGAUGGCAAAGAUGAGGUUAUAAAGAAUGUGCCUUUGAAGAAAAUGGUUGAGAGAAUUCGCAAGUUCCAGAUUCUGAAUGAUGAAAUAAUUGCUAUUUUGGACAAGUAUUUGAAGUCCGGUGAUGGAGAGAGCACACCCGUGGAGCAUGUGCGCUGCUUCCAGCCACCCAUUCAUCAGUCCCUUGCCAGCAACUAGACUGUCCACCUAGCGAUACCUUUUUGCACCUAUUUAGGCUGAAAGUAGGAGAAAAACCCAACAAACAAAACCCACAGCAACAGUUUUAAGGAGUACUCUCAUCUGCAUUUUUCAGUGUGCCUAUGCCAUUUGUGUGGUGCACUGUCCUCUUCAGUCUCCAAGCACAGUAACUGUAUACAAUUCAUACUUAUUUUUCUAGACUAAAAUUUUAUACGCUUUGAUUAAAAACCUGCAACUGUAAAAGAUUUUUGAAUUCUCUACUGAGGUGGCCAUUUUAGACUGGACUGGCAUCAUUUCCCCCAAAGGCUAUCAAAAUAAUAGCUGAGGAGGAUAAGAAACUGGGGGCUGUAGGAAAAAAAACUUAGAAAUCAAUUUCUAAUUGUUUGUACUAGAACAUUAAUUGCUUAAUUAGCCUUUAUUAAAAAACAA